AGUCUAGGCUGCUCUCCGCUGUCGCUCCCGGGCCGCGGGAUGACACCGCCUCCGCCCCGAUGCGCCGCCCUCGGCGCCCCGCGCGCCCGCGUCCCCGGUCCGCUAGCUCGGUCCGGGUUCCCGCUGCGGCUGCUGCUGCUACUGGUCUGGACGGCCGCCACCACCCAAGGCCACCCGAGGAGCGGACCCCGCAUCUCGGCUGUCUGGAAAGGUGGCUUCCUCUUUGAAGGGCUCUCUGAUGAUGAGGACGUCUUUCACCCUAGUGCCAGGUCCACGCCCUCUAGCAGCACACCCAGCUCCCGCCCAGCCUCCCUGGGCUACAGUGGAGCUGCUGGACCCCGGCCCAUCACCCAGAGUGAGCUGGCCACCGCCUUGGCCCUGGCCAGCACUCCGGAGAGCAGCUCUCACACGCCAACCCCUGGCACCCAGCCUUCUCCUUUUCACAGUGUGAGGCCCUACCAUGCAAGAAAGAAGCCCCAACAGGGGCUGGAAGUUCCAAGAUAAGAAGGUCCAGCAGGGUUGGUUUCUGGUAUGAUGAAAGUCGUCCUCAUCAUCAGAGAGCCCUUCAAAGAGGAAGCCACCCGGAGGAGGGAGAGCAGAUUUCCAGAGGAAGAACAGAAAGACACAGGCGUAGCUCCAGAAUCUUGGCUCACAUACUCUCCAAAUUCAUAUUUUCAACUCCCUUUGGUUCUAACUGAGAGUUCCCGAGGAAUGCCCUCUGCCAGCGCUACACAUGGCUGCUGAGUAAAGCAAAUCUCUAGGCUAUUGCAGGCUCCUGAGGGGGCCUGCAUUACCCCUCCUCCAGCUCACCUGGCACUUCCCUGUACCAGUUGGAGGGCAUGCUCCUGGAGGAGAAGUCAGCCCCCUGCCGUGCGGCUCUGGACUGAAGGCAAACUAGGAGCCACUUAGCCUGGUUCUGGCCCCACCACUCACUCGCCUCAGCGUUCCAGCCCUCUCCACCAUGCCAGCUCACACAUACACUCUCACAUAUCUCCAGACCCACACGCUCCCCGCGGGGACAGCCUGGGACAUAGAGCCACGCUCUGCCUGCCACACAGCGCCACCUACGUUUCCAGACAGCAGAGAUGCGGGGUCGCUUCUCAGGUGGCCUCAGUGGUGAUGGCAGCCCAGAGGUGCAGCAGCAGCCACGGCAGGAGCUCCAAUCAAGCCGUCGGGCUGGGAUAUAGCGGAGCUGGGCUCUGAGUGAGACGCAUCCUGGCGAAGACAGUGUUAUCCCGCAGCCCAGCAGUGACAGUGGCGAGCAGCCUAGACUGAGCCAGCAACUGCUGGCUGGUCCCAGCAGAAGGAGGCGGAGUCAAUUUAAUAAAUAUGCAAGACAUUAUGCCAGGAGCUGUGGAAAUGUAAAAUGAAGUACACACAAGAAGUUCAUAGUCUGGGAGGGGACGUGUCUGUGCAUUAAUUAUUCCAUGAAUUUUUUUUUUUUUUUUUUGGUGGGGAAGAUUUGCUCUGGGCUAACAUCUGUGCCAGUCUUCCUCUAUUUUGUGUAUGGGACACCAUCACAGCAUGGCUUGACAAAUAGGGUAGGUCCAUGCCUGGGAUCUGAACAACAAUCCCAGCACCUAAGCAGAGCAGGUGGGGCUUAACCACUAUGCCAGGGGGCCGGCCCCUCCAAGAAUAAUUUUAGAUAUAAAAUAUGAAAUUUACCCUUUUCUGUGCCACUAAAGCACCCUGUGCUUCUCUCAAUUAUUGUAUGUGUUUCCCUAUAUUGUCAUUAACUUCAUUUUCUUUCUCCCACACAGUGGUAGAUUGUGUUGGUGGCCCAAGUCCUCACCCUCCCUGUAUCCAUGCCAUUGUCUAACUUUUCAGUGCCCAUCCUCCGUGAGUGGAGUAACCUGCCCCGCCCCUUGAGUCUAGCUUGGCCAUGUGACUUGCUUUGGCCAAUGGAAUGUUAGCAGAUAUGGUGGAAGCAGAGGCUUGAAAUGGACUUGAGCUUUGGGAGCUACCGCUUUGCACUUCUGCCAUCACCAUGAGAUCAGGCCUGGACUGGCCUGCUGGAGGAUGACAGACACAUGCUACUGAGCUGAGUCUUCUGAAUUGCUCCCGCCUAAGCCAGCCUAGGUUCUCUGCCUGUCAGACAACCUACAGACAUAUGAGCAAGCCCAGCCAAGAAAAGUAUACGAGUUAUAACUGUACAACUUGAUGAAUUUUCACAAAGUGAACACAUCUGUUUAAUCACUGCCCAGAUCGAGAACAAGAAUAUUAACAACACCUUUGCAGCACCUCUCAUGCCCCUUCCCGGUCAUUACCCACCUCCUCCUCCAAAGGUACCUAUUAUCUUGACUUCUAGCAUCAUGGAUUCGUUUUUACCUGCUCUUGAACUUCUAAAUGGAAUGAUGCCACAUAUAGUCUUUUGUGUCUGGCUUCUUUCAUUCAACAUUAUGCUAAGGAGAUUCUUCCA